AUGUCCACGACCACCAUGUUGUCCUCUCCUUCUCACGAGUCUGGUGACAACUCCAGCAGCCCUGUGAGUCUUUACGCAAAAUCCGUUUUGGGAUUAAAUUCGACCUUUAGUCCUAAAGGGAGAAUAGGAGUGCGCAGAAAGAGAGAGUUCAUACCCGAGGAGCAAAAAGAUGGAAAUUAUUGGUUCAAAAGGAAAAGAAACAACGAGGCAGCGAAAAUGUCAAGGCAGCGUCGGAGAAUGGAGGGGAUUCUUUUGGAGGGCCGAGCUAAUGACCUUCUCAGAGAGAACGAAAAACUAAAAGCGACCCUUUCGGCUGUCCAAUAUCGCGCCAUGGGAGUGCAGGGUGGUCAUGAUAAACCCGUUGAUGAACAACACUUCUCAACACAUUGUUUUCAUCCGUCCUCAACUAGUGUACCUCGUGCGGCUCCUUGGAUGCUGCCACCUGACGUGUCAUCUGGCACACACUUUAACGUUUUAAAAGAUGUGUUGGACAAUACAUUUACUGAUGUUCCUGGAUUAAUCCAUAACCCAGGUUUCCCCAACGUUGGCACCUGUCGAAGAACCCAUUUUAACUGUUCAGAUGUUUCCCACCAAUUCCAUUCUCCAGACAAGGAAUGUUUCUCUGGAGCUGGAGUUCCCGAUUCUUAUCCACCGGUGCCAAGUUUGAAUGACUAUCAGUGCUACAGAAAUGCUGGUAUUGCAUGCAAUGUUGGACAUUAUCCGUCUCAUAUAUUUGAAUCACCAUCCAGAUAUAGCACCUCUCCAAAUGUAGGCAUAUCAUACUCAGUGAUUCGGUCAAGCGCUCAAUACCCCAAUGCACGUGCGCACCAUGCGCGAGAUGCCGUCAUUGAAGAUUGGGCAAAUGGAAGCAAACGUGUGGAUUUGGACCGCGCAAAUAAAGGAAUCUCAACUGACGGACAGAGUCACAGUAUAGAACCGAGCUCUUCGGAAAGAAAUGAAAGGGCCGCACAAGCCCAUGACAGAACAACCACCGAAACAUCUGACGGUGGGACAAUGUACCUUUUACCACACAAAUUAAGGUUCAAAGCUAACAAACCUUUAAAGGAACAAACGAAUUGGUUUAGCAGAGCUUCGACAGAUAACGACAAUGAAAUAAAGAACAGUGGUCAACUGUGCAUCUACAAUGGGAGUAGGCCUAUGGAUGAGCAAGAAUUGGCACAAAGGGAUUGCGCAAAAGAAAGUAAGCCUAAUUCAAGUUGGUCUAACGUUCAACCUGACAAAGACAAGUUGCCGCAAUAUUUUGCCAGCUCUUGCAGUAAACUGUUAGUGUCAAAAGAAGCAACUACGCCAGAAAUAAUGACAAGUUCACCUGCCACAAUCGUCCCAGGUGAAAUAAUUGAGAAUGGACAUUUAAGGCAACAGUUGGCGUCGCUAUGUGCCGAGGUGAAAAACCUAAAGCAAAUCAUUUUGGCAAAAUCACACAGAUUUUUGGAUUGAAACCCGAUUGACUGUUAUAACUUUAUAUAGCCUUUUCAAAAAGUAUUAUUAUGGUAUUGUGUUGCCCUUCCAUCAUCUGUUUUGGCUUAAAACUAUUGAAGCCUAUUAUAAAAUGAAAAUUAAAUGUUAUGUCAUGAUUAAAAUUCCCUAAACGACAACGGUCCUAUUGUAUGCCUAGUUCGUUUAUUAUUCAAUCCAUACAUUGCACAGUACAUUACAGUAACAACGUUGUUAGGCUUGCAAAAUCAUGAAUAUGGACUUUACAGCCAGGUGAUGUCGCGCUUUCUCUAUAAAGCGCAUGAGCCAGUAUGGCCUACCUACACAUUAGUAGGUGCCCUCGCACAAAGACUGCUCAUACUAAUUCGUUUUUCAUCCUUUUAUAAACCGAAAUGUAGCUACUUGGAUAAAUGAUCUUACUUGUGUCAAUCAGUUAGUCUAGCCUAACUCCUGUUCGAUUGUUAGGCAGGUAGCUUAGUGGUAAGAGCGUUGUGCCAGUAACUGAAAGGUCGCUGGUUCUAAUCCCCGAGCCAACUAGGUGAAAAAUCUGUCGAUGUGCCCUUGAGCAAGGCACUUAACCCUACUUGCUCCUGUAAGUCGCUCUGGAUAAGAGCGUCUGCUAAAUGACGUAAAUGUAAAUGUAAUGUAAAUUACUCCAAGUCAUUUCGCUUGAGUAGCCUAGAAACUGCACUGCAAAUUUCGAUUUAUAUUAACUUGGCCUAAGUUAUUGUCAUAUUUUUAUUUAUUUCUUGUAACAUAAAUGAUUGAAAUGGCCUGUAAAUAUGGCAUCAAACAGGUGCAAAAAUAUAUCGUUUUGUAUCUAUUUUAGUCAAUAGAGGGCACUCUUGUUUUGCUGGGUAUGUUAGCCCACUAAAGAGUUGGCUUUGGUUACUUUAAUGCAAAAAUCUUUCACAUGAAUGUUUUUUUUUCUAGAAUCAUAUUUGUACUUAAAUGUUUCCAUCUAAUUAAAAUAUAAAAAAUUGCCAUCAAUCAAAAAUACACAAUGUUUUAAAUUCGUCCAUUGAAAUGAAUAUCUCUUGUUACUGUAUUCCCCGAAAAACAUUUGUGACUUCACGACCAUCGGACUUGAUAUGUCUACUGGAAUAAAAUAAUCAUUGGCUCAAAGCAGAAAAUACUGGGUUUCAAUAGGCUGUGUGGGCUUUCACUCACUGCACGCUGCCAAUACACUUCUCCACUGACCUACUAACACAAAUUCAUGAGGUAGCGGUCACUUCGAUUACUGUUCUCCUGGCAGCAGGAUAUUAUGCUGGCGUCGCGAUUGCGGAUUUUCUUGUAUUUCUAAAGUGGUGUUGGGAAAACUCAGCAGGGUCUGUAGAAUCUGUAUAUGGGUUGUAUUUAUUGGGGGACUGUGGUCUAAAUACCCAGAAGCACUUUCUACUCCACCCAUUCUAUUGGUCCCAAUGCAAUACACUGUACAUUACAUAUUGGCUUAUAGAGAAAAAACUAUUCUAUGUGCAGAGGUAAAAGUGGGGUUUGGGUAUACUCAGUUGGGUCUAUAGAAUCUAUAUAUGGUGUUAUUUCAUGGGGGACUGAGGUCUAAAUACCCAGAAGCACUUUCUACUCCACCCAUUACAUUCACUGCAAUGCAAUACAUUGUAGGCCUAUAAAUUACAUAUUGGCUUAUAGAGAAAAAAAAUAUUCUAUGUGCCUUUGGUUAAAGUGUUUAUUUUUAUUUUUAUGACCUCGUUUUCUUCUCUAUACGCCAAUUUGUAAUUUAUAGGCAUUGCAGUGAAUGGAGUGGUUGGAGUAUAAACUGCUGCUGGGUAUUUAGACCUCAGCCCCCCAUGAAAUAACACCAUAUAUAGAUUCUAUAGACCCAACUGAGUAUACCCAAACCCCACUUUUACCUCGGCACAUAGAAUAGUUUUUUCUCUAUAAGCCAAUAUGUAAUGUAUAGGCCCUACAGUGUAUUGCAUUGGGACCAAUGAAAUGGGUGGAGUAGAAAGGCCAAUAUUGUGAACAUAUCUGAACAUUGUAUUUUUCGAUAGUGGUCUUAAGAAAUGUUUUUAGAAGCAUAUUUGUAAUUGUUUCCACAAAGUCCUUCUUUCAUUCGCUUAUAAUCACAAUAAAAAUGGACAUUGAUUAAAAUCUAAUAUCUUUUUAAUGAAUUAGUUAUCCACAUUGCAAUGUUUUGAAAUGCGGGCUUUUAUUUUGAAGAAUUCUUUAUUAGCAUACGUCAUCGUUUGUGCUGCUGGCCGAAUACUAGUGUCACUCCGAAAGGAAAAGCGAAGCAGACAAGGAACGUUACUUCAAAUGUACUGGAUUUUACCACCGGCAAAACUAUUAGUUUUUGUGUAUCAGAAACUUAGCCUUUACUAUUUUACACGGUAUACAUCGGAAAACAAUACAUUUUUGAUCAACCUGAUGCUUGAAAAGGUAAUUUUUAUUUUAGUUCAGCGUUGGAAAGCCAGCCAUACUGGUAGAAAUUAUGUUUACGUAGUCUAGUUGGCCGCCCUAACUAUUUUGUCUCUAAAGACAAAAGCUCUGUAGCUUUUGUAUUGCACCAUAUUCAUUUAUUUAAAAAGUUUACGUGUUAUUUUCUUUUCUUACGUAUUACAUUAACUCAUAACAAGUGUAUUACUGUGUAAUUAGCUAGUUGGACAGCUGUGGUAUCACGUAUGAGGUUACGUAUGAGGUUCGCCUGCUUUGUUAGCUGUAACGGCUGGAGACUUCACAUGUUGCUACAGUAACAAGCGUGCGGUUUAGUUGGAUAUUUUGUAUCAUUGUAGGCUAGAUAACUACCAGUAAACAUCACGCGCAGACGGAGCAUGGCACAGUGACCUGGAAUUCGAUGUGGGUGGAUUUGCUGCUGUCGCUCUGCGGAUGGAAAUAAGUCAAUAUAUAAUAAUAAUAAUAUAAUAGCCUAAUAUGCCUGGGUUGGUGGCUUAUCCAAGCAUUGCUUUACAUCACACCGCUGCAGUUUAAAAUGGGCAUUAGACUAAAUACCAAUACAGCAUGUAAGACAUGCAUGGUACUACCUAUGUGUGAUGCUUUCCGCUGAGGAAAUAGGCUUGGAUAAUGUAUUUCAAGUAGACCUGCAUUUGUUGUUAGUGUUAGAUAAUUUUUUAUUUAAACCAAUUACCAGUCCAGUAUAGGCUAAAAUUGCAUAACCUCUUCAGCCUCAGAAUUUUCUGCGGAGGGAGGGUGUUGAUCGCGCUUAUUUUAUAAUUCUGACAGGGGCAAUGGUACAUGACGGUGAACGAGCACCUCAUCCUUUCGCGUCCUUCCAACUGACAAUCAGAACAUUCCGUCGCUGUUGAACGAUUGACGAACUAUGCAUGCUACACCUAGACAGUCUGGAGUUGAUGCCCAUAGGCUAAAAUGACUCACAAAUCCGAGCAUGGUAUCAAAAAAAGAGCGGGGAAUCAAUAUUUGCAUAAUGUAUUGUUCCAUUUGGUGCGCGAUUGGCGACAUUGUAAGCUACCGUAGUAUAAUGCGUUAUUAUUCCGUUGUUGGCUACAUUAUUGGCGCGAUAUUGACUCAAAUUCAUUCCAAAAGCGACUCCAUUAUAAAUGUGUACAAAAGCAUCGCAGACUCAUUCGCACGUGUUUCGGGCCUUUAGUUAACCUAGUGUCAAUUGUGUGAGUGUGGCGUCAUUGUUCCCUGAUUUUGUCUUUAUUUUGUUGUUUCUGUCCAACCACGUGUGAUGAUUAUGGCUGGACGCAUUCCUUUGUUCCUUGUUUUUAGGAGUUAUGGGAGCAUGUUGUAGGCUCCAAUAUAGGAACACAAUGUAACUACAGUAUAGCUGCGUAGUUUUUUUCUUCCAAUUGCUGCUUAAUCUGACUAUAAACCUAGGCGGUAGUUAGUGGUUACUAAAGGACUACGCCUUUUGUAAAGCCCACGCAUUUGGCUUCGAGAUGUUUAUCUCAUUGGAUUUGAACGCACCACCAAGCUUGACCAUUGAAGGUCAUUGUCAGGCAGUCUCUCGGCGCUUUUACGACUGGAGCUAAAAAUCUAUGUUUAGGGCAGUGGGUUGACGGCACUAAUAGAUGUUGCUUUUCAACUGACUUGCCGCAAGAAAAUAGCAAAUAGCUUUUCCUCCUAGACUGUUUUGAAACGGGCAUUGUUUCAGUGUGCAUGACUUAAUGCGUGAAGACCUCUGGCGAUGACAUAAUCUGUAGCGCUGAAUGGGGUCGUGCGCGCUCAAAAAUCGCAUAAUUUUCGCCACUCUCCGAGCAAUGGAUUUCGCAGUUGUGUCACCCUAAAAUGUCAGAGUAGUCUAGUCCUCCAUUCGGCCUGGAAAAGGUUGGACUUGUUACAAGCAUCUACUUUGCCUGUAGAUAUAGAUGGACAAUCUAAUGUAUUUAUGAUAAUGUUUUUACCUAAUUCCUACACUGUACUUUUAGAGGGAGAGAGAGAGACAGAUAGACAGAGAAACAGAGGGAGAGCGAAAAAGAGAGACAGAGAGAGAGAGAGAAGGCGAGCAAGAGAGACUUGCUUUGGCAAUGUAAACACGUUUCCCAUGCCAAUAAGCCCCUUUGAAUUAGAAUUUGAGAGGGAGAGAGAGAAUGGGACACAACUAUUGGUAAUAGGUCAUAAAACCUUGAAUCCACUGUAAUACAUUUUCUGAAGUGAAGAAUGAAGACAGGGAAUCUGAUUGGUCUGUUGUAAUAGGGAAAUGAAGACCUGGUUCAGCAAGCAUAUCCCUCUUGAUAUUGUGAUCUGAAGAGGUUGCAAAGUUUAACAGUUUAUGUCUGCUCUCAGGAUGAGUUCAAUCAAUCAAAUGUAUUUAUAAAGCCCAUUUUACAUCAGCGGAUGUUACAAGGUGCUGUACAGAAACCCAGCCUAAAACCCCAAACACCAAGCAAUGCAGAUGUAGAAGCACGGUGGCUAGGAAAAGCUCCCUAGAAAGGCAAGAACCUAGGAAGAAACCUAGAGAGGAACCAGGCUCUGAGGGGGUGGCCAGUCCCCUUCUGGCUGUGCCGGGUGGAGAUUAUAAGAGUACAUGGCCAUUAAGGCCAGAUUGUUCUUCAAGAUGUCCAAACGUUCAUAGAUGACCAGCAGGGUCAGAUUUGUAAGAUCUGUAUUUGGCCAAGGGCCACCCUGAGUGGUGUAACCUGCUCACAGGCACCAUGUCAGUAAACAAUACAGAAUAAAGAAUAAUACAUACCUAUACCAAAACAGUGUAUUUAAUUGGACACGGACUGGUGUAAAUCUACUGUAAAGCAGAAGGUAAAUGUUAAAGCCAUUACAUUCCGUCUGCGCUAAUUCAUCUGUUACGAAGCUCAACAUCAGCUCAGACGUUCAUUUUCCUCUGCUGUGAAAGUCGCUUUAUAUUAUGGUGUAAGAAUACAAGAUGAGUUUGAAUAAUGGUGUGGAGGAUAUUUCACAUCUCAAAUCCGCAGAGGAUUUCAGCUACUUUGUGAGUCAAUUAUACUAAACGUUAUGAGGAGAUUAUGGCAUCACUAACCCCAAAACCAGUUUUUCAAGUUCGUAAGCUGUAAGGUUGAAGACAAAACCAUACUAAUGUACCUUGCUUGCUUAUGUAGCUAUGGUGUUACAGUGGCUUGCGAACGUAUUCACCCCGCUUGGCAUUUUUCCUAUUUUGUUGCCUUACAACCUGGAAUUAAAAUGGAUUUUUGGGGGGUUUGUAUCAUUUGUUUUUACACAACAUGCCAACCACUGCUGGUGUACAGCAAUCUUCAAGUCAUACCACAGAUUCUCAAUUGGAUUGAGGUCUGGGCUUUGACUAGGCCAUUCCAAGACAUUUAAAUGUUUCCCCUUAAACCACUCAAGUGUUGCUUUAGCAGUAUGCUUAGGGUCAUUGUCCUGCUGGAAGGUGAACCUUCGUCCCAGUCUCAAAUCUCUGGAAGACUGAAACAGGUUUCCCUCAAGAAUUUCCCUGUAUUUAGCGCCAUCCAUCAUUCCGUCAAUUCUGACCAGUUUCGCAGUCCCUGCCGAUGAAAAACAUCCCCACAGCAUGAUGCUGCCACCACCAUGCUUCACUGUGAUGAUGAGAGUUGUUGGGUUUGCGCCAGACAUAGCAUUUUCCUUGAUGGCCAAAAAGCUCAAUUUUUGUCUUAUCUGACCAGAGUACCUUCUUCCAUAUGUUUGGGGAGUCUCCCACAUGCCUUUUGGCAAACACCAAACGUGUUUGCUUAUUUCUUUCUUUAAGCAAUGGCUUUUUUUCUGGCCACUCUUCCGUAAAGCCCAGCACUGUGGCUUGUACGGCUUAAAGUGGUCCUAUGGACAGAUACUCCAAUCUCCACUGUGGAGCUUUGCAGCUCCUUCAGGGUUAGCUUUGGUCUCUUUGUUGCCUCUGAUUAAUGCCCUCCUUGCCUGGUCCAUGAGAUUUGGUGGGCGGCCCUCUCUUGGCAGGUUUGUUGUGGUGCCAUAUUCUUUCCAUUUUUAAUAAUGGAUUUAAUGGUGUACCGUGGGAUGUUCAAAGUUUCUUUAACCCAACCCUGAUCUGUACUUCUCCACAACUUUGUCCCUGACCUGUUUGGAGAGCUCCUUGGUCUUCAUGGUGCCGCUUGCUUGGCGGUGCCCCUUGCUUAGUGGUGUUACAGACUCUGGGGCCUUUCAGAACAGGUGUAUAUAUACUGAGAUCAUGUGACAGAUAAUGUUACACUUAGAUUGCACACAGGUGGACUUUAUUUAACUAAUUAUGUGACUUCUGAAGGUAAUUGGUUGCACCAGAUCUUAUUUAGGGGCUUCAUAGCAAAGGGGGUGAAUACAUAUGCACGCACCACUUUUCCGUGAUUAAUUUUGUAAGAAUUUUUUUAAACAAGUUCUUUUUUUUCACUUCACCAAUUUUGACUGUUUUGUAUAUGUCCAUUACAUGAAAUCCAAAUAAAAAUACAUUUAAAUUACAGGUUGUAAUGCAACAAAAUAGGAAAAAUUCCAAGGGGGAUGAAUACCUUUGCAAGGCACUGUAUAAACAAUGAACUAGCCUGGCUACUCCUUUUCGGGUAUAUAUGGUAUGUUCUGCACAAAACAAUCCCCAUAAAAAACUUCAAACACAAAUGUUGCCAUUCUUCAACCCUUUAUUAAGUAGUAUGUAGAAAUGGUGAGUGUGAAUCUUCAAGAUUUUGUUUCUUACAGUACUCCAUGAGUACUAAGCAACAUCUAUGUUUACGCAGCCGAAAGAUUAAUGUAAUAGUGAUGUACACUGCGACUGAGCACAUGAAAUGGAAGCCAGAGACAAUUGUGAAAAGCCGUCUGAUCUUAAACUUUGAUAUCUAAAACGUGCCAUUUUCUUUUCUUCACAGCUUCGGUGAAUUCCAAAGGACCAUCCCCCUGUUAGAAGUACCAUUGUUGGACACAAAUGUCAUUGGUACCUUUGGGUUUAAGAUAACGAGAUGUCCAGUCAAAAGGACUAAGGACCUAUGAGUUUCUUGAACACAAAUAUCCCAAUCUUUGAAAUAUGCAGACCAUCAAGAGCGAGCCACUGUCAAAUGGCUCCUACAGCGGAGACGAUGCCCUGGUCCUGGCUGUGGCCCUUCAAGGGGCCGACAGGGAUCUGAUGGACCACAAGCUCUCCGCCAUGCCCUUCAAGGCCAAAGGCACCACCUGCCGCAGGAAACGGGAGUUCACCCCGGACGAAAAGAAAGACUAUCUCUACUGGGAGAGGCGACGCAAGAACAACGAGGCGGCCAAGCGUUCGCGGGAGAAGCGGCGCCUCAACGACAUGGUGCUGGAGAACAAGCUACUGGCCCUGGGCGAGGAGAAUGCUUCCCUCAAAGGAGAGCUGCUGGCCCUGAAGCUCAAAUUCGGCCUGGUCAGCUCUGCGGCCUACACGCAGGAGGUGCAGAAGAUCUCUGUGUCAACGGCCGCCCUCUACCACGACUUUGUCUCGCCUGGCGAAGCCCGAGGCUCUUACAUCAGGGACCUAGAGUCCCCUCACCUGGGCAGCAGCUGCAUAUCGGUCAUCAAGCACUCCCCUCACAGCGCGCUAUCUGACAUGGCCGAAAUCUCUGCAGCGACCAAGGGUAGCAUGUGCAGGACCCCUGAGAUCAUCAAGCAAGAGCCAGCCGAGCACGGAAGCUACGCGCGUGAGAGGAGCAGUCCGUACGAACUGUACAGGAACUACAUGGCCAGCCCUUUCCCCGGGGUUUACUCCCAACCCUCCCUGUUCCUGCCGCUCACCAGGUCGUCCAGCAACUCCCCGAGGACCUCGGACGACGGGGCCUUGAGUAAGUCCUCGGACGGCGAGGAUGAGCAGCAGGUCCCCAAAGGCCCCAUGCCGCAUGCAGCCGACCAGAAGAGUGUCAUUGUCGCCCGCCUCAAAGCGCCAGAUGCUUGUUCAUCGGCUCUGCCCCACAAACUGCGGAUCAAGACCAGGGCCAUUCCAAUCAAAGUGGAGGCCAUCGACCCUGACUACGACUCCUCUGGAAAGUCCUCCUCUCCCAUUGACAUGUCGGCCAGAGAAUGCUACCAGAGGGGCCAGAGUGCCGCGGCAGACUACAUGCAGUCGUCCCUCAGCCCCUUGUCACUCCAAGUGACCAACAUCCGGGAUUGGACCCACCGGCCAGAGCACUGGCACAAAGACAGCUCAGAGAAGCCACAAAAUGGCUACCAGAACAGGCUCUCCCCGGGCCCUGCCUCCAAGAAACUCAAUGUGGACCUUGAUGAUGGCUCCUACGCCCAGUCAGACUCUGAGAACUUGUACUUAAAACGAGGCAUAGCUGACCUGUCUGUAGAAGUUCUCUCUCUGAAAAGACUGAUAACGACGCGGCAAGGGUCCGUGAUAGAAUCAACCAAAAGCACUACUGACCAUGAGUCAUUAUCGAAAGGAUGUUACUCAAAAUGA